GGGGUGGAGGAGAAUGACAGUAUGGAAACCUAUCAGAGAGUUUGUUCAUAAUCCUCUCUCAACAGUACUUAGUCCCGAUGUUUUCGAUCUGUCAUCCUGCAGGUCUGCUGUAGCAGGUGGCACCACUUGAAGAGAGGGAAGAAGUUUCCUUGGAUCAGUAGAGAUCCAAAGGGUUGUUGGGCGUGGCACACCUCCAGGGGAGGGAAGAAGGGACAAACUGUCUGUCUGGAGGAGGUCCACCUCCAGUAUCAGCUAUUGUGUCCUUGAAGUGGCUGAAGACGAUCACCUUCCACAGCCUUGCACCCAGGCCCAUAGUGCUCCUCUCCCAGCCUGAGUGAAUACUCUGUUCCUUGGUCCCUGCUAUUGUCAGGGACGAUUGCAUGGGCUACGCCAGGAAAGUAGGCUGGGUGACUGCGGGACUAGUGAUUGGGGCUGGAGCCUGCUAUUGCAUUUAUAGACUGACCCGGGGAAGAAAACAGAACAAGGAGAAAAUGGCUGAGGGUGGGUCUGGGGAUGUGGAUGAUGUUGGGGACUGUCCUGGGGCCAGGUACAAUGACUGGUCUGAUGAUGAUGAUGACAACAGUGAAAACAAGGGUAUAGUGUGGUACCCACCUUGGGCCCGGAUUGGGACUGAGGCUGGAACCAGAGCAAGGGCCAGAGCAAGGGCCAGGGCUACUCGGGCUCGUCGGGCCGUUCAGAAACGGGCUUCCCCCAAUUCAGAUGAUACUAUUUUGUCCCCUCAAGAGCUGCAGAAAGUUCUUUGCUUGGUUGAGAUGUCUGAAAAGCCUUAUAUUCUUGAAGCAGCUUUAAUUGCUCUGGGUAACAACGCUGCUUAUGCAUUUAACAGAGAUAUUAUUCGUGAUCUAGGUGGUCUCCCAAUUGUUGCAAAGAUUCUCAAUACUCGGGAUCCCAUAGUUAAGGAAAAGGCUUUAAUUGUCUUGAAUAACUUGAGUGUGAAUGCUGAAAAUCAGCGCAGGCUUAAGAUAUACAUGAAUCAAGUGUGUGAUGACACAAUCACUUCUCGCUUGAACUCAUCGGUGCAGCUGGCUGGACUAAGAUUGCUCACAAAUAUGACUGUUACUAAUGAAUAUCAGCACAUGCUUGCUAAUUCCAUUUCAGACUUUUUUCGUUUAUUUUCAGCAGGAAAUGAAGAAACCAAAUUUCAGGUUUUGAAACUCCUUUUGAAUUUGGCUGAAAAUCCAGCCAUGACUAGAGAACUGCUCAGGGCCCAAGUACCAUCUUCACUUGGUUCCCUCUUUAGUAAGAAGGAGAACAAAGAGGUUAUUCUUAAACUUCUGGUCAUAUAUGAGAACAUAAAUGACAAUUUUAAAUGGGAAGAAAAUGAACCUGCUCAGAAUCAAUUCAGUGAAGGUUCACUUUUCUUCUUUUUAAAAGAAUUUCAAGUGUGUGCUGAUAAGAUUCUGGGGAUAGAAAGUCACCAUGAUUUUUUGGUGAAAGUAAAAGUUGGAAAAUUCAUGGCCAAACUGGCUGAGCAUAUGUUCCCAAAGAGCCAGGAAUAAAUUCUUAAUUUUGUAGUUUAGAAGUAACACACAUUGUAAACUAUUCCUUUUCUCCACCUUGUUUAUAUGAUAAAGGAAUCCUUUCAGCUGCCAAUUUUGAGUGAUGAAUAUCAUUGUAUAAUCAAUGCUGAUUUUUAUCUGAGUUGAUCUUCAGGUCUAAGCUGGAUGAAUGAAUAUCACUACCUGUUCUGAAAACAUGUUUG